AUGGGGGAGAAGCGGAAGCGCACGGUUGCUGUUCGGGAGUCGCAUCCUUCCAAGCACCAUAGUGCAACUCCUGCUGCUGCUGAAACACCAACACCGGAGGAGCAAACCUCCAUCCCCGAAGUCCCAACGUCUUUUACAAAGGAUGGCCCACUUCCGGUUAUUCCACAACGUCAGCCGGAUGGAUUACUGUUGAGCGAUUAUAAAUCUGUGGCCGAGAGGUUUGCCUCCCAUCAUAGCCGUCCCUUGAAAAGGGUUGCUAACUAGGUAUUAGCAAGGUCAUGGCAGAGUCGUUAAUCCGAUCUCAAAGGAAAUGGGUGGAUGGGGAUGUCUUCGAAAAAUUCUGGAUAAAACCAUUAAAGUCACGGAAACUGGAUCCGGCAGAGUUAGAGAAGAAUCCAUCAAAGGAUUGCAUGACCAAGCUUGGAAAUUGCACCAUGGGCUCUAUGCCUCAUAAGUUUGAGAUCAAACUUUUUGGCGUACUGGAGCCCGUUAAGCAGCCCCCACCUCAGUGUCCCGUACAGAAACAAGCGUUGCCACCAACACCCCAGUCGGGCACUUCAGGAAACACCGCAACAAGGCCGGAUUUUACACCCCACCAUGGGCAAUCUACAAGAGUUGGUGUUCAGACACCAUCGGCGCACCAUCAAGUUCCCCAGCAGGGGCCAGAUCCCGCCCGGACACCGUCAAGUCCUGCCCCAGUAACUCCAGCCCCGCAUCAAAGGCCUACGGGCAAUCUGGGAAUAUCUUCGCAACCGUCCACCAUUAGCCAACCAUCCCAUCACGGCCCGCAACUGCAGCAAAGCAAUCCUCCCCAACAAGGUCCUCCCAGAGUGGCGCCCCCACCGGCGACCUCACGCCCUGACCCUGUGAUUCAAGCCCUCGCCAUUCGGGCAGCAUCUGACCCUGAUUUGAAAGCCCUCAUGCGGAUUGUUGCUUCUGGGAAGGCGACGACAGAACAACUCAAGAUAUUCCAGGGUCAUAUUGAUGCCUUGACCCCCGUCACAAGUUCUCAAUUAGUUCACAGUCAUGCGGCACGUCCAACAACACAGGCUCCUGGGCCUGGCACCGCUGGGAGUGGUCACACAGCACAGGUACCCCAUCAACAGACGCACCCCGGGCAUCAGCAGCGACACCAACAACUGCAGCAUACACAGCAGCCACAACCCCAAUAUCAGCCUCAACACCAUCCGCAGCAAUAUCAUCAGCAGCAACCGCAUCCCCGGAGUCAUUCCAACUCUCCACAAUUCACGCACCAUCCGCCGCAGUACGCUCCUAAUAGAACUCCUGCUCAUAAUCCGGUCCAGACAAAUCCCAAGCCCCGACCAUUUCCCCAGCCCCCUAAGCAAGAGAUCACCUCUGUAGUGUUUGAGUUUGUUGACCCCUACAGCCAAGGAGAUCGGUUCCUUUUCCCCAAACAUACAAUCCUUGAAUACCUGAGGGGUGGAACAAUGGUCCGAGCGUCGUUCAUACUAGUCCGCAAACCGGUUGAUGACUUGGAUGAGUACUACCAACCUAUUACUGUUGUUUUGGAGUCUGCAACCCCUAAACCCUUGGAGAUACUUCAGAGGGUGGUUGCCAGUCCAGAAGUUACCUGCAAACACAUGGAAGAGAUAAUGGCAUCAAAGAAAAGGGCGGAGGAUACAUUCCUGGUAUUCCGUCUAAGCCGUGAGCCCGGCGAGGCAAUCCCGGAAAAGCUUGAGAUCGGAAAGGUGGAAGCAGCCAGCAAGGUUCUACGAGAACGUAGGGCUAGGAGGGAAAGCAGCACGCCUGCACGCGACCCCAGGAGCCUGGCAGGCACAACUCACGCAGCACCGCCAAGGCCACGGGUGAAGACAAUUAGAAAGGUGAGCAACUCCGUGGCAUGUUGGCUAAUACGAGGGCCGGUCUAACUGUUUUAAUAAGGCGAUUACUCGAGAGCCUACCGCUCAACCCUCUAUCCCAUCCCCCACCACCAGCGCAGUCAGGACACCAGUUCCCAAGAUGCCCAGGCCCCCAAGACCCCCCAAACCCCCCGCUCUAGGAAGGGGAGGAUCGCGGAUCCGACGAAGAGCUGUCAUAUAUGCCAGACGUCCAAAACUUCCCUUUGGCGAAAGGCCGACAUUGAGGGGGAAAAUGUCACAGUCUGUAAUGCCUGCGGCAUCAAAUGGAAAACAAACGCGCAGAAAGCGGCCCAGGCUGCGGCCCAGGGGAUAACUGGUCAGCCAUUGCCUACCGAUGCCGCCGGCCCGAGUUCAGGCACGGUUGAGCCAACGACCCAACAACCGGAAGCCGAUGUCCCGCAAAUGCAACGCAACCAACACGCAGCCGGGUCGACUGCUAAUGAUUUGAGCGGGCAACAGAUGUAUGCAAGCGCAAACCAGGUCCCUAGUGCCGUAGCAGCACCAGGCGCCCCCGUAUCUUGUUCGCAACAGCAUUCGCAAUGUGUAGCGAAUGGAUCUGUUCCUCAACCAAGUUUACCACGGCAGGGUGGCAACCCCCAACUGCCUUUAUUGAUGGGGGGUCUGCAGCCCGCGGGUUCGCCGGGCGAGAAUGGCCCUCAAAGUUUGCCUCCUGUUAACGACACCCCACAGGGCUUAGUGUUAGUUGUAACAGAUGGCCUCCCACUGCUAUAG